AUGAGAGACAGGCAGACACCCACGCGAAAAUACUCUCCCUUUUAUCGCUGUCUCUUUUCUGUACACUUUCCUUUUCUCUUUUCCACCUUAAAAACUCAUUCUUUUCACAUUCUUUCUAAAUUUACCUUGACAACACCCUAUUCUUUCUUGCUUAUCUUCUCCUCCUCCGCCUCCGAUUUCUACCGAAAAAGCUAUAAUACUCACACUUUCGCCCCACCCAACGCUAAUACACCCCAAUCCGAGCAUUAUUAUUCAUCACCGCCGCCACUCUCAGCGCCGCCAACCGAUGAGGAUAUUUUCAGUCUGCUCCCUGUUUAUUUCUUCCCCACCACCACGCAUACACAAACACUCCUCCACCUCCAUGCCCUAACCACCCAUUACCACUCCCUUUCACGUAAGCUCAUGAGUCUAACACUCAUGCUGACGAACGCACCCCACCUCCCCCAUGUCUAUUUACACUACAAUCGCGAACCCCUACCUUCAUCGUCAUCAUCAGCUCUUCUUCUUCUUCUUCUUCUUCUUCUUCUUCUUCGUCUUCUUCUUCGUCUUCUUCUUCUUCUUCGGGAACCGUCAGCUUUGACACUCCGGAGUAGGUUAUAA